AUGGGAUCCUCACCUCAAUGGGAUCCUCGUCUCAAUGGGAUAAUUGAGAAUGGCGAAGUCAUCGUGCAGUUUGUUGAGCAAGAUGACUGUGUCAAAUACUAUAAGAACCACUCCGAGGGCAUCAAGCUGAAUGGUGAUGACGACCUCACUAUUUCUGUCACUAUGCCCGAAGAGCGCCUGCAGGAAAAUGCCGACCUUCCGAAGCGUGUCGAAGAGGAUGACCGCGUCAAACACUAUGAAAACCGCUCCGAAGACAUCAAGCUAAAGGAUGGUGACGAUGAGCUCACCAUUUCUGUCACUAUGCCCGAAGAGGGCCUGCAGGACAAUUUCGACAACAAUGGGAACGUUAGAACAGCUCAAGGCCUUUCACGUUUCUGA